GCGUGUUCACAUUUAUAGAGACACACCGUGAUGUGUCCUCGUGGUUUAGUGCACAGCGUGUUUGGUUCUGGGCGCUGUUUUGCUGUAUUUGGUCUGCCUCGGGAGGAGCCCUUCGCGCGGCACUUGAGUCCGAGCCGCGCGGCCGUCCCAGGGAAGGAUGUUCAGGGGUGGUGGAAAUGCGCUGCGGCCGUUCAGGGAAACAGUGACCAGUUACGUGCUUGAGGUCUUACUCUGGAUAAAGCUCCUUCAGUUUUGGUGUUGACUUGUAGGUCGGUGGUUGCCUUCUCCAGCUGAGAAACGUUAGUCAAGGUUGUUAAUAAUCUAAAUGAUCCAAGUUUUUCAAGUAGAGUGAAGACAAAGAACGGUGAUGUUUUGGGUUCUUUUAAUGUUUGUCUUUUCUACAGAGUUGAGCAAGAUGUGAUCUGGUAUGAAUUUGAUAUUUGUUGUCAAAUUCCCAGUGGCAGUCAUAGAUUUUUACUGCUUUGACUUAGGUCUCGUUAUGUAUAAUAGCUCGCUUCUUAUCCUUGGGAGUGAAAACAAGACAAAACAUUAACAGUACUGGUUUGGAAAUAGCGUUAAAAUUUACAUUAAGACAAUAUUUAGAUAAAUAGUGCUUAAGGAAGUACUUGUUUUUUGAUCUGAGUUGUUCUCAUCAUUUGGUUGAUUAUGGUUUUUUUUUAAUUUCAACAGGUUUAGUAAAAAAUAUUUUGGUUGGAUAUAUGGCAGCAUAUGAAGAAAUCAGUUGAUAUUGAGUCAGUUGAAAUCAGCUAAUUUGAAAUAGUGGAGCUCUUGAACAUUUUUCCAUAGAAUUAGUAUAUUAGUGUAUCUUAAGUACUGGUGUGUUUUUUUUAAAUGGAUGGUCUAGGCCAAUAUGAAGUAAAUUAUCUGUUAUGGCUAAUACUUCCCUUGGAAGUCUUAUGUUAAGUUCUUUUUUAAUUCAUGCACUACCUAAAUUCCCAAGAAAAUAGUUGUUACACUGUGUGCUGGCAGUCCUUCUUUGUUCCUUAUUACAGCUUUUUAAUUUACAAUUUCUUUUUAUUGAUACAGUUGACCUGAGAACCAAUCAGUGAUUCACUAUAUAAUCUGCAGAUGUGUAUCAUAGAUUGAGUGAAAUAACUGGAGUUUCUUUCCAUUUUACAAAAAUACACUGGAAACUCAAGAAAUUAGGUCUUAAAAAUCUGAGCAAAGCUGGGGCCAGAAAGUCUUUUCUCAAACAACCAAGUAAUAUGAAGAAUAAAAAAAAGAUGAUGAUCUGGUGACAGGCAGAGUAAGUAACUAAUUCCUAGAGAAGGCUCCAGACUGCCAGCUUGUGGUGAAUGUAGUAGCAUUGUGUAGCAAUAGCCUGAAGAUACAGAUUUUCCAUAAAGCUUGAAGUCUGAGGGGUAAGUAUUUGAAAAAACAUAGUCAUUUAGAAAGAUGGAUUAUUAGGAAAAUCUCUGCAAGGCAUCCUCAUGGGAAGAACCCAAAACUUCUAUAAUUUAACUUCAGAAGAGUAUGUUUUUUCUCUCUUUUCACUGAUCUAAGCCUUUACAAACUUGUUAUCUGUUUCAGAUACUGUGACUAAACAUUUGCAUGUUUAACUGACCCUGGCAUAUAUUAAAAGUGAUCUGAUACUAAGUGAAUAUAAAAAAGUGAUUUCUUAGUCCAGUCCCUGCAAACUGCAAGUACUGGGCUCCCCAUUAUGUUUUGUAGAAUAGCGAAAAAGGAGACCAUGCUGCCAAAUAAACUGGGUUUUCUGGAAAAUAGGUCUUACAGGUUCAGAGAAGGAAACAUCUCCAUAGUAACUGUAAGUAACCAGUUCCCAAUACUGGGGUGCAGCUUGAACUUGGAAGGCUCCUGGGAAAAGCUGUAACAAGAGCCUAAAAUGAGUUGGAAACUAAUUUAGGUUCUUGUAUUCUAUCCUACUGUGACAUAACUUAAAAUAUGCCUUAAAUGCACCUAUUUCUCUGUCAGUAUUAUGUUAUUAGCCAAUUGUAGAUGUUCAAUGCUGCAGACAGAGCUUUUGUAGUGCUUUGUGGUCCCAGGGUCUUUCCAGUCAUUUGGCUGUUCAUCUUAAUCUUCUUUUUACUUCUUCCUUCCAUUUCUUUCUUGGUAGUAAAUGUAACACUGAUAGUGCAGCGACAAAUUGACAAAUUGAUGUAGUUCUUUCUGAGUUUGUAUACCUUUGGAAACAUUAAAUAUUUUAAUGGCAUACUGAUAAUACCAGUGUUGUAAGUAGCAACCAUUUUGAUGCCAUUACCUCGUUUUAGCAAAAUUAAGCAAUUAACAGUUAUCUCUAAACCUGCUCUGAUAAGCUUCUUUUCCUUACUGAAUCACUCAAACCUUUGGCUUCACCUCUAGUAACUUCUGCAUCAGUGAUGCAUUUUCCAGAUGAAGUCAUGAAGACAAACUGUAUCAAGAAAUAAUAGUUUUUAAACCAAGCACAAAGAAUUGCUGCCUUUUAUAUGCACUGAGGUAAUACAUUUAACAAAAUUAUGUCUUUUCCUCCUUGUAUAGACUCCAGUCUCUUCCAGGAACCUAUCUAGGCAAUGUCAACCUAAUGAUCAAAACCUUAAAAUAGAGGUCAGAAGUACUAAAUUUGGAUGUCCAAUUUAGUAUCACAAGGGUACAAUUUCUAAGAACACUAAACAUAGGAAAGUACUUAUAUAUUUAGCAUACAUACCCAUUUACAUCGGUGGGCACUUGUCUCUGCUGAUCAGAUCCAAGGUGUCAAGGUGGGUGCUCAGGAAAUAAAGAAUGACCAAUUACAUAGUAGUUGUGAGCAAGCAUUCAGUGCCAAAACCGCAGUGCCCUCAUGCAUUUAUUUUAAUUACCUCACUUGUUACUAACACAGCUGUCUAAUAUCUUUAUCAUCCUCAGUUUAUAGCACAUCAGAGAUGUAUGUCAGUGACUUGACUUGGAGCUGAGCAUAUAAUAGCAUAUUCACAGGAUUUAUUCAUAUUUACCCUUUAUGUGGAGUUAGGAUGGUGCUGGAAGGUCUUUCAGGAGUGCUCAAUUGGAAGUUCCUAUUCUAGGACUUUUUUUCGGUCUGUUGAGAUUCUGUCAUGCUAUGAAACCACAUUAUGUAUCAAAACUGAUUUAUAUAUGCAUGAGUUUGGAAGUUCUCUUUAUUAUCCAGCAUCAGGCACUUACCAAGGUGGUAGAAUGUCUGAGACAAAGCAAAGUUGCACAGGGCUCAUUACUGUUUUUAAAUGAUGCAUACAAGUCGGGUUUCUCUGAAGGAAAGAGAGGAAGUUACGAGCCUUGGUUGUUUGGGUUUUUUUGUGGGUGGUCGUGUAUUGAAUCUUGUUUCCAAGUUAUUUUUCACUUUGUUUUUCCUCCCCAGAUUUUGGUGUCACAUCGCCUUGUAGUCCUUCUUCAUGUAAAUGAGGAGAUAAGGUUUUAAUUCUGAAUAAGCCCAUCUAUUUUUGGAUUUCUUCUGUGAUAAAUGACUAGGGAUUCUGACAGCUGAGCUUCCUCCAUUGCAUAUCGUCUUGAUCAUCUGCAAACCAGGUAAACAUUACCAAAUGAGGAGAAAAGGAAGAUGCCAUCGAGUAUCGGCAGCCAGGCAUUCUUCUUCCCCGUGCAGUAUUAAACACUCCCCCACACGAGAAACCUUGACAUAUGCUCAAGCUCAAAGGAUGGUUGAAAUAGAAAUUGAAGGUCGCCUGCACAGGAUCAGUAUCUUUGAUCCUUUAGAGAUUAUAUUAGAAGAUGAUCUUACCGCCCAGGAAAUGAGCGAAUGCAACAGCAAUAAAGAAAAUAGUGAAAGACCACCAGUUUGUCUGAGAAGCAAGCGGCAUAAAAAUAACAAAGUGAAAAAGAAAAAUGAAGCUCUUCCGAGCUCACAUGGUAUACCUGCUACAACAGCUCCUCUUCCAGAACCAAAAGUACGGAUUGUUGAAUACAGUCCCCCUUCGGCUCCUCGGAGACCUCCAGUUUAUUACAAAUUCAUUGAGAAGUCAGCAGAAGAACUUGAUAAUGAAGUUGAGUAUGACAUGGAUGAAGAAGAUUAUGCGUGGUUAGAAUUGAUAAAUGAUAAGCGGAAAAGUGAUGGCGUGUCAGUUGUUUCACAAAAUAUGUUUGAAUUCCUUAUGGAUAGGUUUGAAAAAGAGUCGUAUUGUGAGAACCAAAAACAGGGUGAUCAUCAAUCUUUAAUUGAUGAAGAUGCAGUGUGUUGUAUAUGCAUGGAUGGUGAAUGUCAGAACAGCAAUGUGAUCCUGUUUUGUGAUAUGUGUAAUUUAGCAGUACAUCAGGAAUGCUAUGGGGUGCCAUAUAUACCUGAGGGCCAGUGGCUCUGCAGACACUGUUUGCAGUCCCGCUCUCGGCCUGUAGACUGUGUGCUGUGCCCAAACAAGGGAGGUGCCUUUAAAAAGACUGAUGAUGAUCGUUGGGGACACGUGGUGUGUGCUUUGUGGAUUCCAGAAGUUGGAUUUGCCAAUACAGUUUUUAUUGAGCCAAUUGAUGGUGUCAGGAACAUUCCCCCAGCCAGAUGGAAGUUAACAUGCUACCUCUGUAAACAGAAAGGUGUUGGUGCCUGCAUCCAGUGCCACAAAGCAAACUGCUAUACUGCAUUCCAUGUGACGUGUGCUCAAAAGGCCGGUCUGUAUAUGAAAAUGGAACCUGUGAAAGAACUAACUGGCAGUGGAACAACGUUCUCUGUGAAAAAGACUGCCUACUGCGAUGUACAUACUCCACCAGGUUGCACACGGAGACCUCUGAAUAUUUAUGGAGAAGCUGAAAUCAAAAACGGUGUUUGUAGAAAGGAAGGAUCAGUCAGAACUGCUAGGUCUACAUCAAAAGUCAGAAAAAAGACAAAAAAAGCCAAGAAAACAGUGGUUGAACCCUGUACAGUUAUGCCAACAGUAUCUGCUCCUUAUAUCCCCCCCCAGAGAUUAAAUAAGAUUAUGAAUCAGGUGGCCAUUCAGCGAAAGAAGCAUUUUGUUGAACGAGCACACAGUUACUGGUUGCUUAAAAGACUGUCUAGGAAUGGUGUUCCACUGUUGAGAAGGCUGCAGUCCAGUUUACAGUCACAAAGAAACACACAACAGAGAGAAGAUGAUGAAGAAAUGCAGGCCUUAAAAGAAAAAUUGAAGUACUGGCAGAGGCUGCGCCACGAUCUUGAAAGAGCACGUUUGUUGAUAGAACUUAUACGUAAGCGUGAAAAAUUAAAAAGAGAACAGGUCAAGAUUGAGCAGGUUGCUAUGGAACUUAGGCUUACUCCAUUCACUGUACUUCUGCGAUCAGUUCUGGAUCAGCUGCAGGAAAAGGAUACUGCUCGUAUAUUUGCUCAGCCGGUGAACCUUAAAGAGGUUCCGGACUAUUUGGAUCAUAUUAAACAUCCUAUGGAUUUCUCUACUAUGCGAAAACGGUUAGAUGCUCAAGGCUAUAAAAACCUCAGUGAGUUUGAAGAAGACUUCAAUCUUAUCAUAGAUAACUGUAUGAAAUACAAUGCAAAAGACACAAUAUUUUAUAGAGCUGCGGUGCGGUUAAGAGAUCAAGGAGGUGUAGUUCUCAGGCAAGCUAGGCGAGAUGCUGAAGGAAUUGGUUACAAUAAUGAAACUGGAAUGCACUUACCUGAACGACCUAAACUUGAGACACCCCAGCCUUUCUCUUGGGAAGAUGUGGAUAGGUUACUGAAUCCUGCAAACAGAGUGCAUAUGUCCUUGGAAGAACAGCUGAGAGAGUUGCUAGAAAAACUUGAUCUGACCUGUGCAAUGAAAUCCAGUGGGUCAAGGAGCAAAAGAGCAAAGCUGUUAAAGAAAGAAAUCAGCGUUAUUCGCAACAAAUUAAGUCAGCAACACAACCAAGCUCCUCAAAUAGAAUCAGGUAUUGGAAGUUUUGAAGAAGAAAGUGCAACAUUAGAACAAGACGGAGAAGAAGAAGGAGAUAAAUCUCCCCCUAAACUUGAACCAUCAGAUGCAUUACCUCUUCCUUCAAACUUGGAGACUAAUUCAGAACCACCAACCCUCAAACCAGUAGAACUCAAUCCAGAGCAGAGUAAGCUUUACAAAAGAGUAAAAUUUGAUAAUGAAUUAUAUAGCACUUCCAUUCAGAAAGAAAUAAAUGGACACACUCCAGAACACUUACUUGACAGUAAUCUCAAUGAGUCGACUGUUUCUGCUGUAGCUGAGUCAUCAACUGAUGUAAACAGACGUACAUCCAUUCUCUUCUGCAAAUCGAAAAGUAUAAGCCCCCAAAAGUCUGCAAAGAACACUGAAACCCAGCCAACUUCUCCACAGCUAGGGACCAAAACCUUUUUGUCUGUAGUCCUUCCAAGGUUGGAGACACUUCUGCACCCAAGGAAAAGAUCAAGGAGUGCAUGUGGAGAUUCUGAGGUUGAUGAUGAGUCCCCUGUAAAGCGCUUGGAUACAGGUCUGUCAAAUGGCUUUGGAGAUGAAAGUAAAGAGAGAGCAUUAGAUGAUACUCCAGGAAGAAAAGUUGAACCUCGUCGCCGCUGUGCAUCAGAAUCUAGUAUUUCAUCUAGUAACAGUCUCUUGUGUAACUCAAGUUUCAGCCUACCGAAGUGUGGUAAAGGUAAACCUGCCUUGAUACGGAGACACACACUGGAAGACCGAAGUGAAUUGAUAUCAUGCAUUGAAAAUGGAAACUAUGCCAAAGCAGCAAGAAUUGCAGCUGAAGUUGGGCAUAGCAGUAUGUGGAUUUCAACUGAUGCUGCAACAUCUGUUCUUGAGCCUCUAAAAGUAGUAUGGGCCAAAUGCAGUGGAUAUCCCUCUUACCCAGCUCUGAUUAUUGACCCUAAGAUGCCUCGUGUUGCUGGCCAUCACAAUGGUGUUACUAUACCAGUGCCACCUCUGGAUGUACUGAAAAUUGGAGAACAAAUGCAGACCAAAUCAGAUGAAAAACUAUUCUUAGUACUAUUUUUUGACAAUAAAAGAAGUUGGCAGUGGCUUCCCAAAUCCAAAAUGGUUCCCCUUGGGAUAGAUGAGACCAUAGACAAGUUAAAAAUGAUGGAAGGACGUAACUCAAGCAUACGAAAAGCAGUAAGAAUUGCUUUUGAUCGUGCUAUGAAUCACCUGAGUAGAGUCCAUGGAGAACCAGUCAGUGACUUCAGUGAUAUUGACUAGCAGAGAUUCUAGCAGGGCAUGAAAAAUACCACACAGACUUGAACUCUACUAAUGAACCUCUUUGUCUAAAAGAAUGUAUUGAAGAUACAACCCCUUAAUUGUUGAUUCAGUGGCUGAGUUCUGCAAACUUGAAAUAGCUGAGCAUUUCUUCUAAAUCACCAUUGCCAUAUUGAUUAAUUAUUUUAUUGUGUUGUAGAUCGGAGGAUUUUCCACUAAACCUGUUAAAAUGUCUUGUUCAUAGUGUUCAUAAUUGUACAUAAAUGUAUAUUCAACACUUAACUUAUUCUGAUUUUAGAAGUAGCUCUUUUAAUUCCUUUUAUAAUUUUGCUGGGGAGGGAGUUGGUUUCUGUUUCCAUGCUUUUUACUUUUUUUUUCUUUCUUUCUGAGGUUAAGUUGCCUAAGCACCAUCUUCCAGCUUAAGGUGUUUAGUGGAUCUUAAAGCCUAAUAUCAAAAUGGCGUCAAAUAUAUGUUUGCCUAAAUCAUAUACAGUAUGGUGCUGCUUGUAUCAUUUCUUCCUUGGUCUGUAGCUUCUGAAAAAGACUUCUGAAUGUUUGUGUAAAUUGUUGCUCUUUGCACAAAGUACCACAUAUUUAAGAUUGAUGUAAAUUUACAAUUACAAAUAUGUAUUUUAAGAAAGGAAGUUGCAUUAUUUUGGAGGGUACUUUGUGAGAAAGACAUCAAUAAAAAUUAUACUAUGUACAUCACUUGCAAAUCACCAAAAACACUCCAUUGUUGCCCAAAAUAACUUAAGAUUGUUUUUGUUUUAAACAAACCUGGCUUAAAGCCUGCAAGCACAUUAUUGCUUUCAAAACCAUAUCCCAUUUAUCUCCCAUUGAUUUAAUUUUGUUGAUAUGUGUGCCUCCCUGUGUUUAUUUAUUGUAGAAAAUGUAUUAAUUUGCUUUAUAAUGAAAAAUAAAAUUGACAAAUAUAUUGAUAUGCAUUUUUAUACAGGCACAUGAGAAGACAACUUGCUUUGGGAGAAAAAUGUAUUGGAAAUUGUAAAAAAUAACUUGAUGGUUUGUGUGUAAUUUGGUUUUUUGGUAACUUGUAAUCCUUUUGUUUCCAAUGAGGGGAUUUAUGUAACUUUUAAUUUAGAACACUUUGGUAGCAAUAGAAACUUUGGAUACAUUUUUGUAUGGUACAUGUGAUGUAUAUAGAAUUAGUACUUUAUUUUUAUUUUUAAGAAGUAAAGCAUUAUGUUUGGGCAGGGGGAAGAAGGAGGGUGGGUUUCCAGAACUGCAUUUUUAUAUUAAAAAGAAAAAAAAAUAAAGUCAAGAUAUUGAUUGUUGUAGCUACUUUAUUCCUACCUUCACUGAGAUACUGAAUUUGUAACAAUGAAAAUGGCAAGGUAUGUUUGCAAUGUGAUUUAUAAUGGCUCCAUUAUUUAUAAAUGCACUGUGUUUGAACUCUUUUGCAGUGAUAUCGUAAAUACUGUACCAAGUUAUAUGAUAUGAAACACCAAAUAAUGCAUAUGAAUGCACGAAGUAUUUAUGCCCAGCUUUUUUAUAAAGGAUUAGCAAAUACAGCAAAACCAAUACUUUUUAAAUCUUUUUUUUAAAACUUCAUUGAAUAGCUUACUUCAUUGUUAAACCUGCUUGAAUCUUUAUUUUAAAGGGACAAUUACUUUUUAAAUAGUUUUUAAUGUUUUUAUUCUCUAUUGUUUGUAAUACCCCCGUAGAAGCUUGAAAUAAAAUUUCUUUCUCAACUGUAAA